UUUGCGAUACCUUUGACCCUAAACUAAAAACAAAAAGAAAAGCGAGUCCAUCAAUGCCAAAACAAGACAUCCCUACCGACCGACCCUGCCUGAUCUUUACGAGAAAAAGUGCAUAGCCUUGAAAGCUUUUUCAGUUUCUCAGCUUCCGACUCCCUCAACUUCACAGCUCACAUACUCGGCCUCCCUCCCUGCCUUCGCUAAAAGAAUCUCUCAGAAAUUGAACAACUUUUAGCUUUCUUCUUUUAAAUAUGGGAGGAAAUGGAAAGCACAGAUGGAAAAUUUCAUUUUCCAGUCGUUCCAAUUCUUCAUCACCAAAGCAUCCAAAUAUCCAACCUCCACCCGAAUUCCUCUGCCCAAUUUCUGGGUCUUUAAUGUUCGACCCCGUUGUAAUCCCCUCCGGUCAAUCCUUCGAUCGAAUUUCCAUCCAAGUCUGCCGUGACCUCGGCUUCACCCCAACUCUUCCCGACGGCUCUACCCCCGACUUCUCCGCCGUUAUUCCAAACCUUGCCGUCAAAUCCACCAUCCUUACCUGGUGGCGCGACCACCAAAACCUAGACCCUGCCCCACCUGAUUACACCUCUGUCGAGAAAAUCGUCCGUACCAAGAUUCAAGAGCAAGGUCCUUCCACACUUUCUUCGGGUCCCGAUUUUCGGGUCUCCGAAAGGGAACUCCUGAAAGCUGUUGCUCAAAACCCACCCGUUUUAUUCUCACACGCGGCCACCGAAAUAGGUCCACGUGUCAACAAUACUUUCUGCUCCACCCCGUCGUCUUCCGAUGAAUCCGUUAUCGUAACCGCCGGUAGUCCCCACACGCCGUUACCACUCGCCACCCGCCCCGCGUGUUUCUCAACUCCCGGCUCUUCAUUUUCUUCCAUUGAAAUCAUCGAAUCUGAAACUCCAAACCCUAAUUCCCAUUCUUGUUCUUCGCCGGAGGAACAAGAGCUGUUCUUUAAACUUAAAAGUUCCGACGUGUUCGAGCAAGAAACAGGUUUGAUUUCGUUAAGGAAAAUCACGAGGACUAAAGAAGAAGCUAGGAUUUCUCUUUGUUCUCCUUGGCUACUCUCUGCCCUCCGACCUUUGAUCAUUUCCAAAUACAGCGUUGUUCAAACCAACGCCAUAGCUUCGCUUGUUAAUCUUUCAUUGGAGAAAUCGAACAAGGUCGUGAUCGUACGGUCAGGAUUUGUUCCUCUUUUGAUUGGUGCAUUGAAGGCGGGAUCCACUGAGGCGCAGGAGCAUGCUACCGGUGCGCUUUUCAGUUUAGCUUUAGAAGAUGAAAAUAAGAUGGCGAUUGGGGUUUUAGGGGCGUUGCAACCGUUGCUUCACGCGCUGAGAUCGGACUCCGAGCUUACUCGGCAUGAUUCGGCACUCUCUCUUUACCAUCUUUCUUUGAUUCAGUCAAACCGAGUUAAAUUAGUUAAACUUGGCGCCGUUUCGACUCUGUUAUCGAUGGUGAAGUCGGGGGAUUCGGCGAGUCGGGUGCUCCUUGUACUGUGUAAUUUAGCUGCGUGCACGGAGGGUAAGUCGGCGAUGCUGGACGCCAAUGCGGUAGCGAUAUUGGUGGGAAUGUUGAGGAAAAGGGAGUUGGUAUCCGAGGCGACUCGGGAGAACUGCGUUGCCGCGUUGUUUGCACUGAGUCACGGCAGCUUGAGGUUCAAGGGGCUGGCAAAAGAAGCGAGAGCCGUGGAGGUUUUACGGGAAGUGGAAGAGAGAGGGAGCGAAAGGGCCAAAGAAAAAGCGAAAAGGAUUUUGCUGAUGAUGAGAGGAAGAGAGGAGGAGGAAGAUGAGGAGAUUGAUCGGGAAGGAGGAGCUUUGGAAUCGGGUGGACUCAGGCGGACUCGGUACCGAGUUAGAGACGCCUUUGGUGCAAAUUCUACUAAUUUCUAGUUCUUGACAUUUCGUGGGUUGUAUAAAUGUAAUUAAUGAUGAUUUUAUUUUUAUUUUUUGAACAUUGGAGGAAACUUAAAUUACUCGUGUGAGAAAAAGGUUUUUCAUUUUUGUUCAUGAUUUGGGAUGUGAUGUGUACAUGUAAAUUUCUGUCGGGGUUUUAGAUUUUGGUAAAAUCUAUAGAAAAAUCAAUUUUAUGUGGGGGGUUUCAUUUUUUUUUUUUUUUUUUGUGCUUGCUGUGUUUUGUUUUUCCCCUUAAAUCUCUACAUUUUUUUGGUACCUAAAAAUUUAGCAUGCGGAUAGAUUUUCUCAUUAGUAUAUAAAAGUUUAAGGUGAGAAGAUUUUAUUUCAAAUAGUAUGAAAUAUAUAUCU